GAGCAAUUCCGCAUCCUGCGCCAAAAAGGCACCGAGAAGCCGUUCGCCGGCCUGUACGACAAGCACUACGCAUCGUCAGGAGUCUACGUCUGCGCGGGAUGCAACACACCGCUCUACCACGCCUCACGGAAAUUCAAGUCAUCGUGCGGCUGGCCCGCGUAUUUUGACUGCCUCCCCGGCGCGGUGACGAGGCUGGCAGACCCGCGGUUCCCGUCAUCGUCGGCGCGGGAGAUCGUCUGCUCGAACUGCGGGGGCCAUUUGGGCCAUCUGUUCUUCGGGGAAGGGUUCCCAACGCCGACGGAUGAGAGACAUUGUGUUAAUAGUGCGAGUAUUGCGUUUCAAGCGGAUGGGACUGGUGAGGGGAGAGAG